AUGUGGUCAUGGUUUGGCGGCUCGGCAGCCCAGAAGCGGAAGGAUGCGCCUAAGGAUGCGAUCCUCAAGCUCCGGGAGCAGCUUGAUAUGCUGCAGAAGCGCGAGAAGCAUCUGGAGAACCUGAUGGAGGAGCAGGAUGCCGUGGCCAGGAAGAACGUGACGACAAAUAAGAACGCGGCCAAGUCUGCCCUGCGACGCAAGAAGGUGCACGAGAAGAACCUCGAACAGACGACGGCGCAGAUCAUCCAGCUAGAACAACAGAUAUAUUCGAUCGAGGCAGCGAAUAUCAACCAGGAGACUCUGAACGCGAUGGAGCAGGCUGGCGCGGCAAUGAAGCGGAUUCACGGUAACUUGACUAUUGAUAAGGUUGAUGAGACGAUGGACCAACUCCGCGAGCAACACCAACUCAGCGAGGAAAUCGCACAGGCUAUCACAAACACCCAGAUUGGCGAGCAGGCAGACGAGACCGAGCUGGAGGCCGAGCUCGAAGGUCUGGAACAGGAGGCGAUGGACGAGCGGAUGCUUCACACAGGGACAGUACCGGUUGCAGAUCAACUCAAUCGGUUACCAGCCGCAGCCAACGGCGAACCCAAAGGCAAAUCAAAGGUACAAGAGGAAGAAGACGAGGAGGCAGAACUGGAGAAGCUGCGCGCAGAGAUGGCCAUGGGAUAA